GAAACCAGCUCACAUUUUAGCCCCUCCUACCAAGGAUAAGACUUGAACUUCUCUGUGGUCCCGGGCUGAGAAAGGAUCCUGACAGAAAGCUAGAGGCGUAAAGGAGCCUGAGGAAUCUCAUUGUUUUAAAGAAGCUAGAGUGCCAGAGAAGACUUUUGAAGUGUGAAGAGAUUUCCUGUAAUUGAAAUCAACAUGUCAUUUAUAGAUCCUUAUCAGCACAUUAUAGUGGAGCACCAUUAUUCCCACAAGUUCACAGUAGUGGUGUUACGUGCCACAAAAGUAACAAAGGGGGCCUUCGGUGACAUGCUUGACACUCCAGACCCCUAUGUGGAACUUUUCAUCUCCUCAACCCCUGACAGCAGGAAGAGAACGAAACACUUCAAUAAUGACAUAAACCCUGUGUGGAAUGAGACCUUUGAAUUUAUUUUGGAUCCUAAUCAGGACAAUGUUUUGGAGAUCACGUUGAUGGAUGCCAAUUACGUCAUGGAUGAAACACUCGGGACAGCAAUAUUUCCCAUAUCUUCUAUGAAAGUGGGAGAGAAGAAAGAGGUUCCUUUUAUUUUCAACCAAGUCACUGAAAUGAUUCUGGAAAUGUCUCUUGAAGUUUGUUCAUCCCCAGACCUCCGAUUUAGUAUGGCUCUGUGUGACCAGGAGAAAGCUUUCCGACAACAGAGAAAAGAAAACAUAAAGGAAAACAUGAAGAAACUCCUGGGUCCAAAGAAUAAUGAAGGCUUGUAUUCUACACGUGAUGUGCCUGUGGUGGCCAUACUGGGCUCAGGUGGGGGUUUCCGAGCCAUGGUAGGAUUCUCCGGUGUGAUGAAGGCAUUGUAUGAAUCAGGAAUUUUAGAUUGCGCUACCUACAUUGCUGGUCUUUCUGGAUCUACGUGGUACAUGUCAACUUUAUAUUCUCACCCUGAUUUUCCAGAGAAAGGACCAGAGGAGAUUAAUGAAGAACUAAUGAAAAGUGUUAGCCACAACCCUCUUUUACUUCUCACACCACAGAAAAUUAAAAGAUACAUUGAGUCUUUAUGGAAGAAGAAAAGCUCUGGACAACCUGUCACCUUUACUGAUAUCUUUGGGAUGUUAAUAGGAGAAACACUAAUUCACAAUAGAAUGAACACUACCUUGAGUAGUUUGAAGGAAAAAGUCAAUACUGGACAGUGCCCUUUGCCUCUUUUCACCUGUCUCCAUGUCAAACCCGAUGUCUCAGAGCUGAUGUUUGCAGAUUGGGUUGAAUUUAGUCCAUAUGAGAUUGGCAUGGCUAAAUAUGGUACUUUUAUGGCUCCUGACUUAUUUGGAAGUAAAUUUUUUAUGGGAACAGUUGUAAAGAAGUAUGAAGAAAACCCCUUGCAUUUCUUAAUGGGUGUCUGGGGGAGUGCCUUUUCUAUAUUGUUCAACAGAGUCUUGGGAGUUUCUGGCUCUCAAAGUAAAGGUUCCACAAUGGAAGAAGAACUAGAAAAUAUUACAGCAAAGCAUAUUGUGAGUAAUGAUAGCUCGGAUAGUGAUGAUGAAUCACAAGAACCCAAAGGCACUGAAAAUGAAGAAGCAGAAAGGGAAUAUCAAAAUGAUAAUCAAGCAAGUUGGGUCCAACGUAUGAUAAUGGCCUUGGUGAGUGACUCAGCUUUGUUUAAUACCAGAGAAGGACGAGCUGGGAAGGUGCACAACUUCAUGCUGGGCUUGAAUCUCAAUACAUCCUAUCCGAUGUCUCCUUUGAGAGACUUUACCACCCAGGAGUCCUUGGAGGAAGAUGAAUUGGAUGCAGCUGUAGCAGAUCCUGAUGAAUUUGAGCGGAUAUAUGAGCCUCUGGAUGUCAAAAGUAAAAAGAUUCAUGUGGUGGACAGUGGCCUCACAUUUAACCUGCCGUACCCCUUGAUCCUGAGACCUCAAAGAGGAGUUGAUCUCGUCAUCUCCUUUGACUUUUCUGCAAGGCCAAGUGACUCCAGUCCUCCCUUCAAGGAACUUCUGCUUGCAGAAAAGUGGGCUAAAAUGAAUAAGCUCCCCUUUCCAAAGAUCGAUCCUUAUGUGUUUGAUCGAGAAGGACUGAAGGAAUGCUAUGUCUUUAAACCCAAGAAUCCUGAUGUUGAGAAAGAUUGCCCAACUAUCAUCCAUUUUGUUCUGGCCAACAUCAACUUCAGAAAGUACAAGGCUCCAGGUGUUCCAAGAGAAACUAAGGAAGAGAAGGAACUAGCUGAUUUUGAUAUUUUUGAUGACCCUGAAUCACCAUUUUCAACCUUCAACUUUCAAUACCCAAAUCAAGCAUUCAAAAGGCUGCAUGAUCUGAUGUACUUCAAUACCCUGAACAACAUCGAUGUACUGAACCCAGCUUGCCCAGUUAGAUUGGAUGUGAAAUGGGAAAACCCUACUGUGCACACAUCUCCAAGGCCAAGAGGGCCACACCAGCUCUGAGUGAGAAGGGCCAAUGGUGUUCUGAACUUCUCAGAUUUGCCAAGUAUUCCUGCCCAUGGUAGAGGGCUGAAAAGCAUGUGUAUAAUACCUUAACAUGGCCUCACAACCCCUGGGGAAGGGAAAAAAGUGAAUCGUGGCAUAUUCAUGUGACUUGCCUCUGGCCCUGAAACUUCUGUCUCAUUAGUGGAUAUAUGUAUACGUGUAACUGAUUCACUUUGCUGUACAGCAGAAACUAACACAGCAUUGUAAAGCAACUAUACUCCAAUAAAAAUUAAUUAAAAAAAAAAAAACAACGAUGAAAUUGUAUAGUCCUAUCCUGAGAAUGGAGUCUUCCUGAUUUUGUCAGGGUUCAAAAACAGCAGCAGAGGGGCUUCCCUGGUGGCGCAGUGGUUGAGAGUCCGCCUGCCGAUGCAGGGGACACGGGUUCGUUCCCCGGUCCGGGAAGAUCCCACAUGCCGCAGAGCGGCUGGGCCCGUGAGCUAUGGCCGCUGAGCCUGCGCGUCCGGAGCCUGUGCUCUGCAACGGGAGAGGCCACAACAGUGAGAGGCCCGCGUACCACACACACACACAAAAAAAAACAGCAUCAGAGCCAAGGUUACUAUCCAGGCCUCUCUUCCAAAAGCCCAUUCCCAUUGCUCUGCAGUAACUGCUUCAACCAAAUUCCAGAUUUUCUCUUCAUUCCAAAAGUUCCUAACUAGGUUAACAUCAUACCAAAAAAAGUACAUGAUAAUUAUAAUAGCGGUUCUUAGAGGUUGUAGUCACCAUUAAUUUGGGUCUAUGCAAAGAUUAUUCUGAAUAAAGAAUAGCCAUCAUCGAUAAAAUCACAAAGCAUGGUGUUUCCUAGAUAGAGGACAUCCAUGUUUUAUAACUGCAUUUGUUUCACUGAGGAAGCAGGGCAAUUCUCCAGCAAUUUAUUUUCUCAUUAGGAUUAGGGAAAGUCUCGUACUUCCUUGUGGUCUCUCAUUUCUGCUUAUCUACUAACUAUAAAGGACAUAAAUUCUAGAUUUAGUAGUUACUUAUUUCUUCCCUCUUACUACCUUCCCCAUGAAGGACAGAAUGAAGAUAAAUUUACCAUGUUACACAUAUUUUAUUCCCUAUUUUAUCAGCAAAAAAUCUGAAACAGGGGCUUCCCUGGUGGUACAGUGGUUAAGAAUCUGCCUGCCAACACAGGGGACACGGGUUCGAGCGCUGGUCCGGGAAAGGACCCAUGCUCCACAUGCCGCAGAGCAACUAAGCCUGUGUACCACAACUACUGAGCCUGUGCUCUAGAGCCCGCGAGCCACAACUACUGAGCUCACACGCCACAAGUACUGAAGCCCGUGCACCUAGAGCCUGUACUUCGCAACAAGAGAAGCCACCGUAAUGAGAAACCCAUGCACUGCAAGGAAGAGUAGCCUUCCUUCGCCGCAACUAGAGAAAGCCCGCACACAGCAACGAAGACCCAACACAGCCAAAAAUAAAUUAAUAAAAAUAAAUUUUAAAAAAAAUCUGGGACACUCCCACAACAGUUCUUUCUCUGCUGGGGGAAGGAAUAGUAUCUGGAUACAAACUGAACAAGAGUGUAAUGUGCACAGAGAAAGACAAACAUCAUAUGGUAUCACUUAUAUGUGGAAUCUAAAAACGUACAAAUGUACAAAAACGUACAAAUGUACAAAAACGUACAAAAACGUACAAACUUAUUUACAAGGCAGAAAUAGACUCAGAAAUAGACAUAGAAAACAAACUUACGGUUACCAAAGGGGAAAGGAGGGGGAUAAAUUAGGAGUUUGGGAUUAGCAGAUAACACAAUACUGUAUAUAAAAUAGAUACAACAAGGACAUACUGCAUAGCACAGGGAACUAUAUUAAAUACCUUCUAAUAACCUAUAAUGGAAAAGAAACUGAAAAAGAAUAGAUAGGUAGAUAACUGAAAAAAAAGAAUAUAUAUAUAUAUAACUGAAUCAUUUUGCUGUACACCUGAAACUAACACAACAUUGUAAGUCAGCUAUACAUCAAUUUAAAAAAAAUUUUUUAAGUGUAAUGGAGAUGUUGAAUUUAAAUAUAUACAUGAGGGACUUCCCUAGUGGCACAGUGGCUAAGACUCCUUGCUCCCAAUGCAGGGGUCCUGUUUUCCAUCCCUGGUCCAGGAACUAGAUCCCACAUGCAUGCCGCAAUUAAGAGUUCACGUGCCACAACUAAGAA